CAUCCCUGCGAGAGGGCAGUUUCAGCACAAUGCAAAGAGCGACGCGACUGAAGAGGGAGCUCUCCCUCUUGACCACAGAGCCACCUCCAGGCAUCACCUGCUGGCAAAAUGAAAAUCAGCUAGAUGACCUGCGAGCACAAAUUUUAGGAGGUGCUGACACACCAUAUGAGAAAGGAAUAUUCAACCUGGAAAUAGUUGUUCCUGAAAGGUACCCAUUUGAGCCCCCGAAGAUUCGCUUUCUGACCCCUAUCUAUCAUCCUAACAUUGACUCUGCUGGAAGGAUUUGCCUGGAUGUUCUUAAAUUACCACCAAAGGGUGCGUGGAGGCCUUCCUUGAACAUCCCCACGCUGCUGACCUCCAUACAGCUGCUGAUGGCCGAGCCCAACCCUGAUGACCCGCUCAUGGCAGACAUAUCCUCGGAGUACAAGUACAACAAGCAGCUGUUCUUGCUAAAUGCCAAAGAGUGGACUGAGAAAUAUGCAAGCCAGCAGAAGAGGGCUUCCCAGCCUCCGGAAGAGAAAAUAAACCAAAGCGAAACAAGUACCACCGAUGAAUCUGCCGUGCAGAAGAGAAAAGGGAGCACUAUCAGCAAGAAGGAGAAGAAAUCUCGCCUGGAUUCCUAAGAGGGUUUUGGUCUUGUUGUGGCUGUUGCCUUCACUUUCACUGUCCUUUUCUCUCUACACAGGUAUACUUCAAUAUUUUAACCAAUAUGUAGCAGUAGCAGGCUUUAUUUUCUAUUUCCUAGGGGUUUUUUUGU